AUUCGAAAGAGAGUCCAUGCAAUUAUUGUCGUCAGUCAUGAGAAAUCCUCCUACGAAGGAACAAUAAAUAGAGUUAUGAAAGUGAUAGAUUUCUCUAAUACACUAAGGGCGAUGACAUUCAGCAAACGAUUACUUUGUCUGUCAGGAAUUUGGCCAUUGGAAAUUCGCGACAGUUUAUUCAUAUCGUUUAUAGUUUAUGGCCUUGUUUUCAAUAUAUUAGCACUACUAGAUAUGAUAAAGUACAUCAAAAAUUUUGGUUACAUUCUCGCUAAUGUAAUGGAGUAUAUGGUGAUAAUAAUGGCGUUGACAAAACUUAUAAUGUUACGAAUAAAGUAUCGUUCGUUGUCACAAUUUCUGAUCGAAACGAAAGCAGAUUACACAGCUGAUAAUUAUACAAACGACGAAGAGAGAUUGAUUUUUUUUAAAUAUAACAAACUUUCUUAUAGAUUCAUCAUCAUUUUAUUUCCUUGGGCGACAUUUUUAACUCUUUCCUAUUAUCUUAAAGCUAUUAUACCGAAUAUACUAAUGGUUAGGGCAAAUUCUUCAUCGGAAUAUAAAUUAUCUGCUCAAAUAAAGCUACUGGAACCGACCGAUGCAAAACGUUAUGCACUUGAUUGCUUAUUCGAACUUAUACGUGUGAUAAUGAUCAUUUCCGAUUACUUGGGAGCUGAUGCAUUAUUAAUUUCAAUUGGUUUUCAUCUUACUGGUCAAUUGGCCAUAUUGAAGUACAGAGUGAGAUGUUCUUUAAAUGAUACACACGGUUCACGGCAGAGGAUUCGAAAAAUAAUUCUUGGACAUCAUCGGUUGAUAAGAUUAGCGGAUUUAUUAGAGGAUAGUUUUAACAUCAUUAUCGGUCAACAUUUAUUUGGGACAACUAUAUUGCUUUGUGUAUCGAGUUAUCGAAUGCUCACCAGUUUAGCACUCAUCGAAACAACAGGUAUCAUAACAUUUGUUGUAUUUGCUCUUCUUUUGAUGUGCAAAUUGUUUUUUUAUUGCUACGUGGGAGAAUCUCUCCUCGAGGAAGUAAUUCAUCAAAUUCUUAUUUAA